UCAUGACAGCCUGACCACGCCUGGAAAGUUUGGGGCGGAGAGUCACAGUAAACUAAGUUGAAGGAUCAAGACAUUUUUACAUUUCUCAGAUUUCUUGGGCUCUUCUGAAGUGGAAAAAAAAAAAUGUCGGGAGUCGCCUCUACCCUGGCCAAGAAGAGAGCGCAGGCUGCAGGGUUUGGAUCUAACGCCAAUGCCACCAAAUACCUCAACCAGGACUUUGAGGCGCUCAGGAGCCAGUGUCUCGGCAGAGGGACCCUGUUCUCAGACCCGAAUUUCCCAGCCGCACCCGAAUCCCUGGGCUUUAAAGAACUCGGACCCAGCUCGUACAAAACCAGAGGACUAGCCUGGAAAAGACCUGGGGAGCUGUGCUCAAAACCACAAUUCAUCGUCGGUGGAGCUACACGGACGGACAUCUGUCAAGGAUCUCUGGGUGACUGCUGGUUGCUAGCGGCCAUAGCCUCUCUGACCCUGAAUGAAGACGUUCUGGCAAGAGUGGUGCCCGCUGGACAGGGCUUCAGUGACAAUUACGCUGGAAUCUUCCAUUUCCAGUUCUGGCAGUUUGGCGAGUGGGUGGAUGUUGUCAUUGAUGACCGGCUGCCGGUGAAAGAUGGCGAGCUGGUUUUUGUUCACUCCGCCGAGGGAAACGAGUUCUGGAGCGCCCUGCUGGAGAAGGCCUAUGCCAAGGUGAACGGCUGUUAUGAAGCUCUGUCUGGGGGAUCCACCAGUGAGGGUUUCGAGGAUUUCACUGGAGGCAUCGCUGAGAGCUACGAUCUGCAGAAAGCACCAUCCAACAUGUUUCAGAUCAUCCAGAAAGCCCUGGAGGCUGGAGCUUUGCUAGGCUGCUCCAUCGACAUCACUAGUGCCGCUGAUUCAGAAGCCGUCACCCGUCAGAAGCUGGUGAAAGGCCACGCUUACUCGCUCACGGGGGCGACCGAGGUGAACUAUCGUGGCCGCAAGGAGAAACUGGUUCGUAUGCGCAACCCUUGGGGGCAGGUGGAGUGGACCGGAGCCUGGAGUGAUGGUUCAUCCGAAUGGAACAAUAUUUCUUCAGAGCGGCCGAACGCCAGCGCUGAGGAUGGAGAAUUCUGGAUGUCAUUCUCAGAUUUCCUUAGCCAUUACUCUCGUAUAGAGAUCUGCACUCUGACCCCGGACGCCAUCACCAGCGAUUCAGUUAAACACUGGGCCGUGACCAACCACGACGGCACAUGGAGGAGAGGCUCUACCGCUGGGGGCUGCAGAAACAAUGCUUACACAUUCUGGAUGAAUCCUCAAUUUGUGAUUAAGCUGAAUGAUGAAGAUGACGAUCCAGAUGAUAAUGAGGUGGGCUGCAGUUUCGUGGUGGGUUUGAUCCAGAAGAACCGGCGCCGUCUGAGGAAAGCGGGAGAGGACAUGCACACUAUUGGCUUUGCAAUUUAUGAGGUACCUCCACAGUUUCACGGUCAGCGCGACGUGCACCUCGAUAAGAACUUCUUCCUGACACAUGCGCAGAAAGCUCGCUCUGAGACAUUCAUUAACCUGAGAGAGGUCUGCACACGCUUCAAGCUGCCUCCUGGAGAGUACCUCGUCGUGCCGUCCACCUUCGAACCCAAUAAGGACGGAGACUUUUGCCUCCGCGUCUUUUCCGAAAAACAGACCGAAACACUACCAUGUGAUGACCCUGUGGAUGCUGAACUACCUGAUGAGACUGUCUCAGACAGUGAAGUUGAUUCUGGAUUCAGAGGCAUGUUCGUAAAACUCGCUGGAGCUGACAUGGAAAUCUCAGCCACAGAGCUCACGACUAUCUUAAACAAAAUCAUUGCGAAACGAACUGACAUAAAGACGGACGGCUUCAGUUUGGAGACGUGUCGUAUCAUAGUGAACCUCAUGGAUGACAGUGGGAAUGGAAAACUGGGUUUGGGAGAGUUCGCUACUCUGUGGAAGAAAAUUCAGCGAUACCUUGGAAUUUACAAGAAGAAUGACAUGGAUGAUUCCGGAACCAUAAGCACUCCAGAGCUGCGUUUGGCGCUGAAAGAAGCCGGUUUCACUCUUAAUAACACUAUAUUUCAGCUACUGGUAGCACGUUACGCCGAGACAGACAUGACUCUUGACUUUGAUAACUAUGUGGCCUGCCUCAUGCGUCUGGAGAUGAUGUUCCGGGUAUUCAAAAAGCUGGAUCCGCACCAAAGUGGCUUCAUUGAGCUGGACUUUCAGCAGUGGCUGAACUUCACUAUGAUUUAGACGACUCAUCGCCAGUCCACACCACUCAGUGAUGAGUGAAUUAUUAAGAUUACAUGUGUUACAUUUUUUGUAUUUACUUUUAUUUUUUUAAUUGUCUAUUGCACUUUCGACCGGUCUUACUUCCAAAGUGUUGCAUGGUUUUAUUGCGUUUGACAUUGGCACACUAUUUUUGUUUACAAAUGCAAGCAUCCUUGAACUAGGAGAAUCUUAACCACUUACUGUCUAUUAAAAAAGUGUGUGUGUGCAUUAUUAUGAAUGUUUUCUCUCCAAAGGACAUUAUUAAACACUUUUGAAACAGUA